GCAGCUGCUAUAAACCAUUCGCGAGACAAGGACCAACCGUAAGAAGGAGAGUGACGGAGAUAACCAAUGCUUCCCGUGCCGUGAGUACGUGUACGGGAGAACUGCGCGUACGCUGAGUACGAAACACACUUCCGAACUUGUGCGUAUUUAUACAAAAAUAAUUUCAUUCGUGUAGCCUGCACGUGUGUAAAAUUGACACCGUGCUUCGCUUCCGUUCACUAUAGUAUCAGUAGAUGUUACGAAUAAAAAACGGAACAGAAACGGAUUCGUCGAUACGGAAGUAAGAAGCCGCGUCGACGUAUACGCGUGAAAGAUUUGGGCAUCGGUGUGUCACCGUGUUCACGAAGAAGUAAAGCGCGAGUGUAUCCGUCUGUCUGUCUCUAUCUUUAAUGAGGUGAGGCGGGAUGAGGUGAAGCGUUGUGAGGAGAAGUGAGGUGAGCGGUAAACCGAAGCUGAAGAGAGUGAAGUGACCGAGCGUAACUACGGUAUCGCGGUGAGAGGACGCGUCUUCGUUUCUGUCAAAUUACAAAACGCGAGGGUACAGAAACAGGUUUGAUAAUCAGUGAAAGAAUCGAAGAAAAGAAAACGAGCGAAGUGAGCUAUCGCAAGGGAAAAAAGAAGAGUGUGAAGUCUGUGAACGAUGACGGCGUGCGUUCGUUCCGCGGUCAUGCGUUUGCAAUUCGCUGAGCCAUGAUACGGAAUACUGUGUUUAGUAUAGGUUACUGGUUGACGUGUGCGACCAAACAAAAAAUAAUUUUCAUUAUCGGCUCGUUCAUUUUUCCGUGAAAUGAUGUGCACAUUUUCCUGAUUCUUCGCUUGGGACUACAAACAUUCACGGGACGCCGAUAGGUGAUGGAAAUUACAAGAUAGGAGGACUCGUGCGUAACAAGAUAUAUUUGAGAACUGUAAUAAAAGAAUAAUUGGAAAUGUGUAUACAGUUUGACAUCCAUGCAAGGAAUGAGAGAGUACUUAUACCCCGCAUAUAAUCUGACGCUGACGGAAACUAGGGAAAAGUUACUAUAUAUCUAAUUCGACUUUCUACCAUAUGGCGGCGUUUUAAUCGUUCUUGAUGCUUGCCACCACACCGGUCAUUCGCAUAUCGCCCUCUACGAUACUACUCCUAACAAUUCAGUUCUUCCUUUUCCCCGUUCGUGCGGGAUCAACAGUGUCGGACAUUACUAGUUGGGACGAAACAGUGGUUCUGUUUACACUGGAAAAAUUGACAGUCUUCAAGGAUGUAUGCGAAGGGGAAGGGGUCAACGGUACCCUCGGAUUCUCAAGCAAGAGAAAAGUUAGCCUUGUACGUGUAUGAAUAUUUAUUACAUGUUGGCGCACAAAAGGCAGCACAGACAUUUUUAUCAGAGAUACGAUGGGAGAAAAAUAUCACACUUGGAGAACCACCUGGGUUUCUACAUUCUUGGUGGUGUGUAUUCUGGGACUUGUAUUCAGCGGCACCAGAGCGGCGGGAGUCUUGCGAACACAGUAGCGAAGCUAAGGCAUUUCAUGACUACCAGGGUUUUGUAAACAGUGGUUAUGGAGUCAAUGGUAUUGCUCAUAACGCUGGUCCAGCACCUUCCCCCAUAGGACAAAUGCCACCCAAUGAUGGCAUGCCUGGUGGUCCAAUGCCCCCUGCUUUCUUCCCAAACAACUCGACAAUGCGACCAUCUCCGCCCACACACCCCUCAUCACAGCCAUCCCCCCAGCACCCCCAGCCACCCCCGCCCCCACACUCGCAGAUGAUGUCCACUCAGUUCAUGGGUCCACGAUAUCCUGCUGGUCCAAGACCUGGAGUACGCAUGCCACAAAUGGGAAAUGAUUUUAACGGGCCACCCGGACAACCAAUGAUGCCAAAUAGUAUGGAUCCAACUAGGCAAGGCGAAGCUGGAGAAUUUGUAGGGUGGCAAGCUCCACCAGGUAUGAAUCCCAUGAACCCGAGAAUGAAUCCUCCACGAGGUCCAGGAAUGGGUCCAAUGGGACCGGGAAGUUAUGGGCCAGGAAUGAGGGGUCCACCUCCUAACAGUAGUUUAGGCCCAGGAGGUCCGGGAGGACCGGGAAUGCCACCAAUGAGUAUGGCGGGUGGUAGACAACAGUGGCAACCUAACACAUCCACGCCAAUGAAUUAUUCAUCAUCAUCGCCGGGUAAUUAUGGAGGACCACCUGGUUCAACGGGUCCUCCAGGCCCAGGUACACCAAUCAUGCCGAGCCCACAAGAUAGUAGUAAUAGCGGUGGUGAAAAUAUGUACACCAUGAUGAAACCUGUACCUGGAGGAAAUAUGCCUGGUGAUUUUCCAAUGAGUGGGGGACCGGAAGGUGGUCCAAUGGGUCCAAUGGGACCUAACACAAUGGGUCCUGUUCUGAACGGUGAUGGUCUUGAUGGAAUGAAAAAUAGUCCGGCUAAUGGUGGCCCUGGAACACCACGAGAAGACAGUGGAAGUGGAAUGGGUGACUAUAAUCUGGGUGGUUUUGGAGGUCCUGGUGAAAAUGAUCAGACUGAGUCAGCGGCCAUACUCAAGAUCAAGGAGAGCAUGCAGGAAGAGGCGAAGAGGUUUGAAAAGGAUUCAGAUCAUCCCGAUUAUUUCAUACAAUAACUCGUCACGAGUCGUUGGGCCCCAAAAACCAAACUAACCUUUUAAAAGAAAUCAAGUCGCAAAUUAAUCCUCCUAUUCUCUUCCUUUAAUCCAGAACUCCUCCUCACUGCACUUGUAUUACACGAUAAUCUCCUUCAUCUCCCCCCCCCUCUCCCACGAGCCACUAAAAAGAUAAUUAAAACUUACCAAAAAGCAAACAAAGUUGAACUCCGUGAGAGAAGUGCACAAGAGAUAAGGUCGAAGAGAUCAUUUUUUUUUUUCCUCUUCGGAGAUACGGAAAGGAUUUACCGUAUAAAGUAAAAUUGACGAAUCCUCGAGAGCACAUGCGAUCUCUUCGUAUUUCGCGUUGACGUACAUUCUUAGGCACACAGCUGUACAUACAUAUUCAAUCGUCGUCGAUCGAUCACAUUUAUCUGUGAAUAGCAACGCUGAUUUCGCCUGACUUUGAACAUUACUCGAAGAAACGAAAAGAAUGAUUAAAAAUUGAAAAUAUCGAAAAUUUAGAAUUUACUAGUACAACAGUGGUCGUUGUAUAUUUCCGUCGUAGUACUUUUUCGAUAUUUUCAAUUAUUUGUCCAGAGUAAUAUUCAAAUUCGUUCGAAUCUUUGUAUGGUUUUAUUACUUAACAAUAAUAGUCGAAUAUCCGUUGCUAUUUACAAAUCGGUACAAGUGUAUCCGUUUCGACGUGAUUUCUUUCUUUUUUCUUAUUCCUGGAUCCUUGUCUUCUACUCUCUUAGGAACCCUAAUUUUAUUUCCUAAAAACAAUAAGUGCUUCCUUAUUGGCUCUAAGUUAAAAGAAAACGCUAUAUUUUUGGUACAGUUCGAUAAACGUUUAAACAAUAUGCGUAAUGUUUUUAUAUGAGAGUAGUACCGUACAUCUCCCUCCUCUUCUUCCUUAUUUUUCUUCUUCAGCUUGCUUUGAUGAAGUAUAUUUAAGCGACUCUGUUCGCGACGUUUCAUCGGUUUCCUCGAUUGUCGGUGCACAGCGAAUAGUUUCAGCGUGUCGAAGAAAAUAUGUAACUGUGAUAUUGUAAACGUAUUACGAGAAAUAAUGAAAAUUGCAUGAUUAAACAGUUGAUACCUUUAAAGUCAACAGAUAACAUUUGUACCGGAACAUAAACCAAACUUACUCGGAAAGGGCGCCGUUUCCACUUACAGUGGGUCAGAAAAUUAUUCGCUCACCGUUUAAAACAGAAUACCUCGUUUAAAAUUGGAACAAAUGACGUGAGGUUUCUCGAGAAACUAUACAAAUUAAUUUACUAAGAUAUGUGCUUUUGACGUUUUAAAAAAUUACAAUUUGUCGAAAUCGGGACAAAAAUAGUAAAAGGCAAAUUUUUAACUGUUUGCCUUUUAUCUUUUACUAUUUUUUUCCCGAUUUCGACAAAUUGUAAUUUUUUAUCUUAGUACAUUAAUUUUUAUAGCUUCUAAAAAAGCCUCAAAUCAUUUGGUCCAAUUUUAAACGGUGAGCGAAUAAUUUUCUGACCCACUGUAUGUAUAACUCUAGUUUGAAAUAAUCGAAACUCUUCGCAUGCGCCUUUUGUGGAACGAUUUUCGAAGCGAGAUCGAUCGAUACAGCGAUCGAUAUUCUCCUCAAAAAGGAUAUACUUGUGAUUCUAGUAAUAGGUUAGAACGUUACAGUUGAUUUGUGAAGGUUCGAAAAAUUCAUGGUAAUUUAUCACCGAAACGAAAUGAAAUCCUCUAGAAAAGUGUUUUACAAUAAACUAUUUAAAAGGAUUUUAAAAAGUACAAGAAUUUCACAAAUCAUCUGGGAUACGAGUUUUAAUACUUCGUUCCGAACGAUUGAUCGAUCUCGCGCAAGAUUGUACGUCAGCGCAUCGAUUCGUGAGUAUCGGUAACUUAAUACCUGUACUCAUUGUCAUUGUGGUAUCAUUUAUCGGUUAUUCCUUCCGAGAUUAAAAUAAAAAAGCGACGAUAUCUUCCACAAACUUUGAACGAUCCACAAGAAUGCGUCUCUGUGCUUCUCAAUAGAAGAAUGCGAUUUUAAAGAGGUCCCGGUAGAUGCCAGUGUACGAUUGGUCAACGAUAUCGAUACGCGUGAGUUCUUAAUUUAUUUACAAGAUGGAGUCAGAAACAAAGUGUAUAUCGAUCGAGAAUAAUUUGUGUAUGAAAUUAAUUCGAUAACGUUGUCCAUAACGAUACAUUAGCAUUUAUGGUGGGCUUCAUGGGCAUUGUCAAUGUUCAGAUACGUUGCAACUUCAGUCAUAUGCUGCACAAGUGGAUCGAUUUUUUAAUUUAACUUCGAGAAGCGCACAGUAUUGAAAGAAAAAAGGCUGCAAUAACAUUAUUCCAAAGUCGGAACGCAGACACUCGGUUUCUAGCUGUAAAACUCUGUGUCCGAACGAGGGGAAUCCGACGAAACGGUUCUCGAACAUACGUUAUAAUUCCCUAAGAUUAAAUCCGCUACUGCGGGAAUCCGGCCAGUGUGCGUCAAUAAGUACACGUUAGACGAAUUUUUCAUUCGAUACGAUCGUCGUUUGUUGAUUACGGAUAGAGACAAAUUAUGUAUAUUAUUUUUUUUUUCCAUUAUUUUCUUUCUUUUUGUUUCCCUUUUAAUUUAGCAUUAUGAUAACAAAGUUACGUUUAUGUUCCUCAGAGACUUUGGAAGAUUCGAAUAUCUGUAUAGAUAGAAUAACAGAAUCGAUUUUGUCGAACCGGACAUCCCGGUUUAUCAUUCGAGUACGAGUGUGUGUACCGAAGUAAUAUACGCGCGAACACGAAUUCGUUACUAAAGGCGAACCAAUUUUACGCGAGGGACAAACGUGUGAAACGUUAACCAAACAAGAUGAUACAAGAAUCAAUUCUACUAUUGUUAUUGUUGAAAUCCAUUCCUCGUUCGAUGAAAAAUUCGACGAAGCGCGAUCAGUUGCCUCGUUUCAAAAUUAAUGGACAAGAUUCGGCAAGUACCGAAUUGUGAAUUUAUAUUCGCUGUUUAUUUCCUGGUUGUGCCUCGAAUUCGGAAAUGGCGGCAUGUACAUGCACACAUGUAUACUAUUUCGGCGUAUUAUUGUAAAUGUAUAAGUUGUACAAACUGUCGAGUGCAAUUCGGAUUAAAUAACCUAUACGUUGGAAUGCGGUGUUCCUACUACGCGCAGAACGUUGAAAGGUAUUGAGAUUCGUUUAAAAGAAUCUUCUAAAUGAAAUUCUUUUAUUUAUAUUAAUUCCUUGUAUGAAAAGAAAUCGAAGAAGGAGAUUUUUCAAAACCCAAGUGAUUAUUAGAAAGUUUUCGUAAACUAUUUGUUUCUAAUUAUUAUAACUUAAUGUAAGUGAAAAUAUGUGUGUAUAUAUAUGUAUAUAUACGAAGAUAUUUUCACUGAACGUUAGAAUUUCGAUACUUUUGUAAAACGUUCUGCUUUUACUUUUAAUAUAAUAUGUAUUUAAUAUUUAGCGGAUCGCGUGUUCGCAGAAAAUUCGUACGUUCUUUAAUUUUCUGUUGUUUCGUUUGUCUUUUGAAAAACAACCGAUUCUAUUCCACGACAAAUGAAAUGGCAAAUUGUUUCUUUUUUUUGUACGAAAUAAUUUUGAAAAGUAGUUUAUACUUUCGGUCGAAAUUUUCGUAUGAAAUUGAAGAGAGAACGUUGCGUUAAGGUUAGACCAAAAAACUUUCGAAUGAAAUUAGCGUGUAUCGAGUAUCGAUUGUUUUCUAACGCAUAAUCGAUUAGGAACAGGUCACGAUUUUGUCGAUUAUAUCGAGCAUAAGAGAAACUGUAUAUUGUUUAAAAACGGGAGUUUAAAACUCGUCGUAAUUAGAAUGAAAUAAGCGAAAGAAACACGGUAUCUCGUGUACCGAUAUUGUGCGUUGCGAUUUCGUAAUGUUAAUUAGGAGUUUAUCGUAAGUAAGGGUGUUAGGUUGGCGAGGAAAUAAUGAUCGAGAAAUUUUUUGAAUCGAUACUAGAAAACAGCCUAACCGACAUCGAUAUGAUACAGAAAAUUUGAUAGAGAAAAAAUUAGGAAUUCGAUGAGCCGCCACCGCCCCCCUCCCCUCUACGAGUGUUUUCAUUGAAAAAUUAAAACGUAAUUUCAUUCUGUAAGUAUUUACCUGUACGAUGAUUGUAACACUGACACGGGCUGUAAAUCUCUGCGGCUGACCUCACGUAUUCUUUAAAUUCACGCAUAAUUAUCGACAUAAUUAUAGAUACCUAUUACGAGUAUAGCAUUCAAGUAGCAAGUAAUAACGAUAAAAUAAUGGAAUAAAUGUCAUCUAUCCUA